AUGAGUAAUUUAAGCUCAUCCUCUAGGUGUCCUUUCAAAUAUCCAACUGAACAUAUGAAAAAUGAUAAUAAAUGUAUGACAUUUAGAGAUUUUAUGCAAUAAUAAUAAAUCAAAGAAGAAUAAAAGUUGUAAUGCACAGGAUAAUUUUCUACUCUUUAAAUAUCUCCACUAAUGUCUAAGAAAUAAAGAUGGGAAAAAUAGUUAAGUACACUCUUACAUCAAGAACCAUAGAAUCAGUUUAUAAUAAAACAUGGCUCAUAGAGUCAAGUAACCAUUAAUGAAUUUGGAAAUAAAUUAAAGUUAUUGAGAAAUCAUGAACAAUUACCUACUUAAACACUCUAUCAUCUUCCAAUGAUUAGUGAUUCAUAGAUUUGUGAUAUUGUUCUACCUAACACUCCAGUUCAUUUCAAAUUCAUUCCAUUUUAACAUAAAAUAAGAAAUCCAAAUAGCAAUAGUCUAAGAAACGUUCAUGAAUAACUUCAAUAACUUAGAAGAUCUUAAGCUUAAUAAUAACAUCGUGAAUUAAAAUAAUAACCUAAAACAUAAACAGAAAUUAUAAGUAAAUUUUUUGAGACUAAAUUCCAAAAGAUUAUUAAGACAUAAAUCAAAUAAUAUGGAAGCAAUGAAUUACUUGAUUAACAUUCUGAAAGUCUGUUUUGUAGAGUUAUUCAAGAUCGUUAACUUAAAAAUAAAUACCUUGGAAAACAUCUCAAAUAUUUGAAAGAUAUUUAUAAAAGUAUUUUAGGUAUAGGAUACACAUAAGAAAUAUUACUUGAUCCAUUUAGAAUGAGAAGUAUUCAUGCUACACUUUUCAUAAAAAAAGAAUAAUUUAUUAGAUUUAAAUAUCUAUUUAUAAAUUAAUAUAUGGAAAUGGAAACUCCAGUAGAAUUACUUUUUAAAGGAUGUUAUAAAUUGGAAAAUUUUAAACCUUUGAUUCUUAAUUAAAGAAGUGAUUUUGAAAUAUUUGGUGGAGAAUAUGGUAUUAAUGAAGUAGCUAAAAAUAUGUAUGAAAAAAUAUUUAAAGAUUAUACAUUGAGUCCUUAUUUUAAAGCUAUAGAAUUAGAAGAAUAAGCAAUUAAAUUUGCUAAACUUUUUGCAUAACUAAUAGAUCAUACUGAAUCUCCUAAUUAUACAUUAGAAGUUUUAAGAGAAAGGCAUGUUAAAUAUAAAUUAACACACGUUUAAUUAGCUAAUUUUAAAUUCUAUCUAUCUACUGCCUUAUAAAAAUUAGGAAUUGGAUAUAAGCAUAUUAGAAUACUUUUAAGAAAAAUGGAUACUUAUAAGUUUGCUAUUUUAAAUAAACCUUCACUUUAAGAAUGUAUUAAUAAUGCUCCAGGUGGAUAUAGAGAAUUUAUAGAGAACUUUGUACGUUUAUGCUCUAGUGAACCUAUACUAUAUGAUUUAGUUUAAAAAAGAGGUAAAUAAAGAUUCACUGCCCAUUGUGAAAAUGUUUUCCAUUAUUUUUUUAGAGACAAUGUUAAAUCCAUUACAGAUGAUGAUAUUGAAUCUAUUCAUAAAAAUAAAACUAUUAUUUCAGAAAAAGUAUACAGAAAAUUUAAAGAAAAAGCUAUGCAAUCUGUGAGUAAAGUAACUAAUGAUCCAAUUUUAUUAAGUGAUUUUGAAGAAGAUUGGGAAGAAAUUACACCUAUUUUAAUGAACAAACCUAAGAAAACCACUAUUAAAUUACUGGGAGGAUAAACUGUAGUAAAUAGAAUUGCAUCUAAAUUAGAAAAUGAAAUCAUGUAACGACCACUUCUUUACAAAGUAUUUGAAGUAACAUGAUUAUCAUUUUAUCAAAGGAUAAUGAAUCUUAAGUUGGCCCCAAUUUAAAAUGCAAAUUAAAUUUGAUUCUAUAUGGAUUACAUUUCUACAAGCGUACAGAUAUUGAAGUUCUUCACAAAAGAUUACAUAUUCGUGAAUAACCAUAUUUUGAAUUUUAAUAAGUUCUAAUUUAUAUAUAUCUACUUUUAGGCUAUGAGAUCUGUUAUGUAUGAUGAACCAUCCAAAUUAUAAUGGGUUCUUGAUGUUAUUGAUGAUUACAAGAAACAUAUUGUUUUUGAUUGA